AUGAUUGUAAGCUAUGAUCUCAUACUCGCAAUCCAUUUGCGCAAUGCUUCUACUACUGCAAAUCGAGUGCUACUGUCGCUGUAUUCGGUUUGCGACAAGCAAAUAUUUUCCCCUUCUUCCCCCGCCAUGGGUCGUACCUAGCUAAUUUGGUUUUCUGUAGCGCAAACAAGCUCGUCAAAGACGCGAUUACCUCUACAGGCGGGCAUUGACCCUUCGAGAUGCCGAGAUAUCAGAGAAACGAGCAAAGCUUCGUUCGUCACUAGCUUCGGGCAAACCUUUGGAUCCUGCCAUUGCCAACGACAAGACACUGCGCGAAGAUUACAUAUACGACGAAUCGAGACCAGACCGGACCGUGAACGAAGACCUUGAUCUAGAUGAUGAGUAUGCACAAUUGUCAGGAAUAGUCGACCCUCGGGUACUUGUCACAACGUCAAGAGAUCCCUCUACCCGAUUGUCAUCUUUUGCGAAAGAAAUUCGAUUAUUGCUUCCUACAUCUAUCCGAUUGAAUCGAGGAAAUUUGAUUCUCCCAAAUUUGGUACAAUCUGCCCAGGCGUCAGGACUGUCAGACAUAGUGCUACUCCACGAGCAUCGUGGCACCCCCACAGCUCUGACAUUAUCACAUUUCCCCCAUGGUCCGACAGUAUCCUUUUCCCUUCACAACGUUGUGCUCCGUCACGAUAUCCCAAACAGUUCCAGAGGCACAGUCAGCGAGUCAUAUCCGCAUCUCAUAUUUGAAGGGUUCACAUCUCGACUGGGUCAGCGUAUUGUUAAAGUUUUGAAGCACAUUUUCCCACCAAGAGACGCCAUCACGAACAAGACCAAAAUUGGGAGUAGAGUGGUAACUUUCAAGAAUAUCGAAGAUAGUAUCGAAGUAAGGCAUCAUGUUUUUGUGAAGACCGGAUAUCAAAGCGUGGAAUUGGCGGAGGUUGGACCACGGAUGACGAUGAGAUGUUUUGAAAUCCGAGGAGGUACCUUGGAUAAUAAGGAUGGAGAUGUAGAAUGGCGUUUGAAUCAAUACACUAGGACGAGCCGAAAGAAGGAUUAUCUAUGAAUUCAGACAACGGGUUAUUGCUUGUUUAGCGUGGAGUUUGGGAUGAAGGCAUACCAGGCCAAAAAGUGUUCAAUUUAUUGGAGGAAAGCCGGCGAAGCCACGGAGGACGAUUAUGAUAUCAAUCCAAUCUUGAACCGUUCUUUUUGCCCAUGGGAUUAUCCACGUGGUGAAAGUGACUCUGUGAGCUUCAUCAAGAAGACCGCGGAGGAGCGCUGUCCAAAAGGUUUGUUCCAUUCUUAAGAGCCGAGUAUUUGAGGGGCGAUUGCAAAUGGAAACCUCUUGCAAACAAUUUGAGCAAACCAAUCUAAUUCUGUAUUAUGAAGAAUUUCCCAUUCUUCAGUUUCUGCUAUCGCAGACUAUGCAGGAGCUCCAAGCAAGUGUCGUAGGCACAUUUCCUCCUUUUUAUCCUCUUUUGUUGAUAUCAAACUUGCUGUGUUUGCAACAAACCAUGCAGCUCCAAAAGUAUCGCGGCCUCUUUCAAACUGACCUUUUCCUGAACUUUGGAGAGACAUAUUCGGCUACCCCGUCUAGUUUCUACACAAUCAAUCUAGUCCAAAGCACUACCCCAUCCACCCGCAUUAUUACUGAGCUGAGAAAAAGAUGCUAUAACUGUGGGAUUUAUGAAAUUUCUUACUCGGUGGCAAAUGCACAUCAAAACAUUUUCAUCCUGUCCCUUUUGCCUUUACUCACAUGACGUGCACUGAGCUAGGUACAUGAUGGGACGCCCGCAUGAUGCGUGUACUCGAGUUCGGUCGGAUAAUUAUAUGUCUAACACCUCGUCGCGUUGCACAUCUGAAGGGCAUAAUGUGAAAUUCUCACCGAGUGUGUGAGCUGUACAAAUAUCAUGUAUCCAGUGACGUAGAUUACCGUACCGACCGAUGCAGGUGCAGGUGGAUGGUGCUCCAAUUGUUCAUCUGUGGAGAAAGUCCCGAAAGUUCAAGGGGGGCACGGGCUGAACCUUGACCAGGAAAUCGGCUUGCCAAGCUACAUACAACAUGGCCCCUGCGAUACUGUACGGAGGUACUGGUCCUGACUGCUAACCCGCGUGCGCCACGGUCUGCCGUCUGCAACUGUGGUCGAAACUGAAUUCAACCUUUAACCUUACGCCAGAAACAAGCCUUGCGAAUACUUCUAAUAUACAGUAUCCAUUGCCGCUUCCAGCACUCCCCGACCUCCAAUUCCUCGUCCGAUUUCUGGCCGCACUCCAUUCACACCCACCGUGUGUAUGUCUUCUAGAGGUCACCCGAGUUCUACGACCCCCGAUGCAGCAACACGACAAGUGACCAUUGCAUCCACCCUCGAUUUAUCAAGCUCGAGACCUGUCUCAAGAACCACCUCGAGGACACCAUCGGUUGACCCAAAACUCGCCUCGUCGAACGGAGUGGAAAGGAAAACAGGUGGAGAGGGAUUUGUGGCUAAGAGAGCACCGCUGGAAGUAGACGAGUUCAGUGACUUUGGCGACGAUUUCGAAGAUAUGGAUGAUCGACGACCGCCACUACAUCGACCCACGGAUGGGCGAUCGCAUCAACCGCUGCUGCGUAGAGAUGACGGAGAUGAUGUCGAGAGAGGGAGAGCGGGAUACUCUUCGCCAGAUCCUUCUAUCAGGCCGCCAUUUUUAUCGCGAAGAUCUACCAUGCGUAGCCGCAGUCCAGAUACGCAGGCGAAGCUGGCAACGAGGAAGAAAUACACAUACGCAGCGUUCUUUUUGGGGUUAAGUUUGGUCAGUUUUGUUGUUCAGACCGAGACUGCCGUUUAUAUCCAGUCAGAGUUGGGGUGGAACAAGGCAUAUUGCAUGUUGUAUGUAUUCUCUGCUUACUCUUGGGAUUAAUCUGGUCUAACACUGCCAGAUACUUGACCCACGGGUCGUGGUCACUGCUAUGGCCCUUUCAACUUUUGAUACUUCGAUUACAAAAAUGGAAAAUGCCAUGGAAAACUUUCUGGCGAAGACACGUUUACCUUGUUUGGACGACGGCGCAGAUGGUAGAAACACAAGAAUUAUCAAUUCAUCGAAACCAGCACUCACCGAUCCCAUAUAUGUUACGAAUGACGGCUUUUGUUACGACCGCUCUUACAGUUGCCGGAGGCUCGUGGUAUAUCGCAGUUGAUAUGACGUCGGCUUCAGAUCUUACCGCUAUAUAUAACUGCUCGGCAUUUUUUGCAUACGCUUUUAGUGUUCCUAUGCUUAAGGAGAAACUCAGAUUAGACAAGUCUUUCGCUGUUGUAGUUGCAAUUGUGGGGGUGAUGAUAAUCGCAUAUGGCGAUUCUGGUGAGCCCGGAGACGUCGGUGGCGGGGAGAAGAAGGAAGCAAAGAAUAGACUGGCUGGAAAUCUUAUCAUCGGUUUUGGGAGUGUACUUUACGGGUUUUAUGAGGUUCUUUACAAGAAGCUUGCAUGUCCACCGGAGGGAACGAGUCCAGGCCGGGGCAUGGUUUUUGCAAAUACGUUCGGGUCUCUUAUUGGAUGUUUCACCCUAUUCGUUCUCUGGAUCCCACUACCAAUCCUCCAUAUUCUCGGCUGGGAAACCUUUGAGCUCCCGCACGGAGAAGCAGCACGACUACUUGUCAUCUCAGUUCUCGCAAAUGCCACUUUCUCGGGUAGCUUCUUGGUCCUCAUCAGUCUCACAAGCCCUGUUCUUAGUAGUGUCGCCGCACUCCUCACCAUUUUCCUUGUCGGAAUCGCGGAUUGGAUUUUCACUGGAAAGGCACUAAAUGCGGCAGCGAUCUUCGGCGGAUGUCUGAUUAUUGGGGCGUUUUUGUUGCUUACAUACAGCACCUAUAGAGAGAUGGCAGAGGAAAGUCGGAAGAAGCAGGUGGAUCUUUCUUCAGAUUCGGAUAGUGAUAAGGGGGACCCAUAGAUUUUUCUCCUUGUGUGUCUUUUGAAAUACUAACUGCGUGCUUUCUUUAUAUUUUGACUUCUUGCAUGUUGCAUUUUGGGUCAUUGGGGCGUUUUUGGGUCAUGCAUUUAGAAUAUUUGAAACUCUCGGGUGGUGGGAUAUGCGUCAGACGAUUCCACUUGUCAUAUUUAUAUGAUAGAGGGGGGUGGUGUAUAUAUAGACUGGGUUGACGGUAGACAUGAUAGAGUAAGGGUGACUUGGGAUGGGUUUCUUGAUUUUAUAUCAGUAUAUAUCAUGAAUCUAGAU